GUGUUUUUAAAGCUUUUGUCCCCAAAUUUAUUCCCCCAAAUAAUCAAUUCGAAAAGCUGCAUUUCUGCUCUCGUUGUCUCAUGGUAUUUUUAGUUUGCUGAUCUGAAACCUGUAAGUGUGACAAAAAAAAAGGCAAAAAAUAAUGAGAAGAAAUCCAUAAGGGGUGGGGGGAAAUACUUUUUUUUUUUUUUUUACAGCUCUGUUGAUUUCUUAUUCAGUGAAAAGGGAAGUGAGCCGAAAGCACUCAUGAGUGUGUUUUUAGCAUUUUUAAGCUGCUCGGUCCUCCUUCGAGGCACAGCUGAUUAGGUGACCCCCUCACUGCGCCGUUAGGCCAAAAAAAGCCGCACAGUUAUGAACUGACACGUAACCACAGCGAGGCUGUGUGAGACAGACCUCAGUAGUAAAAAUGCUCCCAGGCACCUCGUGUUGUUUCGCCUCAGAGUUCAAACCGCUGAUCGGCAGACGAGCGCUUCCUGCUCCUUCGUAACUUCACGUCACCUUGGAAGUUAGCUCUGUGGUCUUCUGAGAAACCGUGACGCUCAAUCAGGUUCAAGAGUUUUGCAUAUAAAAUCAGAAACUCUUUCAGGUGUGAUGCUCUUUAUUAAGUCUUUUUUUUCUUUUGGUUGUUUGUGUUUUUUUUCUUUUUCUACAGGCUGUCAGUGGAGAUCAAGUGAUACCGCUUAUCGCGCCGGUGUUUUUUUUACCUAAAACUCGAAACAGGAAGCAGCUCGAGUGCGAGCUUCUUCAACUUCCCGUUGUAUUGUGUGACACAAUCGCCGGGGCUCUUCUCAGAGAGGGCCACAAUUUUUGACUGCAGCAAACCUGAUGCUUUCAAAAGCUAGAGAUAUUUUUUGUAUAUUUUUAUUUCGUACUCUGCUCGACUGAGCAAUGACUUUACUUCUGAGCUUUUUUGCAUGUCUAAGAGCCAAGUUCUUCAACUGAGGCUGCAACAAAGAAGAAGCAGAGAAGCGGUGCAGAGCUGUGGAGCCAUGCCUCCACUUAAAAGUUCAGCUGCCUUCCACCAGCAGAGACGGGGCUUGGAUCGAGCUCAGACUGAGCACAAACAGAAGAUCAGGAGAGAGUCAAGGAGUCCCGAGGCCAUCAGGAUGCGGAUCCUGCAUGAGAAGUCUGCCAAACCACAGCUUCAACCCAAACACGUUCAGCACAGAAACAUUUGCCUUGCUGACGACUCGAACAACAAGAUCGCCCACAGAGCGGGGCCCAUCCACAGAAACAUCCUGCCUGCGGAUGCUUGCUUCACACAGGCCGGCGUCACGCAGAGGCGUUUUCCAAAGCCCGCGGGGGGGAACUCGUCAUGCGACGAGGACAGUAAUGACAGCCUGUCUCCACGUCAGUCAGAAAGCCGGGAGCGUCCUCUGGGCAUUCAGCCGUCAGCAGAGGGACCGGCCAGCAGCAGCCUCGCCUCUCCAACCCAGGUUCCUCGGUCAGCUCUUCCUUUUCAUCUCUCCUCCACUCGUCCGAACUCCUCUGUGCAGAAGACUUGUGGAGUCCCUCAAAUUAAGAGCCAGCGCCCCUCCACCCAGAAGCACAAGAAAGCCAAGGACAACGCACCAAAGGUAAAGAAGCUGAAGUACCAUCAGUACAUUCCUCCUGACAAGAAGGGAGAUGCCGGGCCUCUUCCCGAUCUGGACUCCUGCCACGCCAAGAUGCUCCAGCAGCAGCAGCUCUUCCUCCAGCUGCAGAUCCUCAGUCAGCAGCAGCACAACUACCACGCCCCGCCGCCCGCGACGCCCACGGAUCGGGACCCGCCUCCUUCCUCUUCUCCGUCUGACUUGACCUCCACUUCCUCCCCACCUGACUCCUCUCCCCGCAUCCACAUCGGUCCAAGUUCCGGGACAAAAGUCUCAUCGCUCUGUCCGAAUCUGGACGAAAUGAAGGUCGCAGAACUGAAGUGUGAAUUGAAGCUGCGCAGAUUGCCCGUCUCUGGCCCCAGGAAGGAUCUCAUUGAGAGGCUGAGGACGCACCAGGCCCUCGGCCGAGGCAGUACCGCCUCUCCGACAGCAGGGGGAACCAGCGAGCCAGAGCUGGGAAGAACACAACCGUCUUCCAAAACAGGCGGCAGUUUCAGUGCGAGUGAACCGUCUCCUCAGCGGCUCGUCAGGUGUGACAGAGCCGUCAAGCCCUUCGACGGACCCAGCCUGCCGACCGGCGCGAAUCCGGAAGAAAUCAGCUUCAACUCUGACCCAGUGGGAGAACUGAUGACCUCUCCUGCCUCCAGCCUUCAGCCGCUCACCACGGCUCCAGUGUCUGCUGCCGUCAAACAGGAGCGCCGACACUCCGGCCCGGCGCCUUGUCGCUUCUCCUUAAAGUCUACCUCUCUGCAGGAACGCAGCUCGUUCUGCUCCGCGGCCCCCGCCAUUACCGCGGCAACUCCUCCUGUGACUGUUGACAAAGACAGAAUGCUGCAGGAGAAAGAUAAGCAGAUUGCGGAGCUCACCAGGAUGCUGUUGCAGAAAAACAGGUUGGUGGAGGAGCUGAGAAUGCAGCUGGGAAACGGUAACCGAGACGCUCCGGAGGCGUCCGUUCUCAAAAGAGUGAAGGAGGAGCCUCCCGACGGGUCAACAAGUCCUUCUCUGGUCGUUCUCCGUGAAAAGGAGGUUAUAACCAUCAAGAGGGAAACCGUGGAGGAAGCGAUGGCAUCCAAGAUGUCGCUGCAAUCGCCUAGCCCAACUCAACAGACUCACAGUCAGACGCAUCUUCAGCUCCAGCAGAACCAGGUCUGCCUCCAGGACUCUGCUCGACAGCUAGCUCAGCAACAGGCCAUCGGUAGGCUGCUGCUGAUGCAGCGUAGCACUAAGAAGCUGCAGCACGCCGCUCAAAGUGUCAACGGGGCGCCGGAAGCCCACCAAAAACCCCGUCCGCAGAAGCAAAGGAGAUCUCAGAAACGGCACCUGCAGACGCAGCCGCCGCAGUCUGAGCAGCGUCGCCCCCAGCUGGAGAAAACGAGGCCGGAGCGACAGGUUCUGCUGAGGGAACAAGAGAGCGUCGCCAAGAAGCACCAGCAACAGAACAACAAGCUGCAACCCGUCCAGAUGCAGAGCAGGAUGCAGCAGCAGCAGCAGGAUCUUCUGAACAAUGACUCCCGCCCAGCCGUGGUCGGUGACAGCAAGAGGAAGCACAUCCUGAUUCCUUUGACCAAUCACAUUACAGGAGACCGAGGAAAGGCGUCAAAUCACGAUUCAUCUCAGUUCUUUAAUGCCACACCGUCAUUAAACGAGGAACGUCAGGAACGUCAGGAACGCCUGCAGGAAGCAGCAGCUCAUCGUCCGUCAGCGCCACCCAGGCUGCAGUCUCCUCAAACGUGGAAAAACUCCCCAUCACUUUUCUGUCAAACUGAGACGUUUCCAGGUCUGGACGUCACGUUGAGUCCUCUGUCGUCAGAUUCGGUCGAAACGGCAGCUUCGCCAUCUCACGAUAAACUGAGAGACAAGGAUUUCAUCGACAUGAUCCUGCAGGCUGGAGAAACACCCGACGCACUGAAAGACACCAGAGACUUCUCGUUUUCUUCGCCUUGCCUGUCCCCGCUCCACCUCCUGUUGUCUCCGCCCAACACCCCCAGCAGUGCUGCACUACAACACGACUCUCCUCUGCAGCCCGGGCCCUGGACUCCAGCCAAAAGCUUGGAUCAUAAGAAGCACUUCGAUCUGUGCGGCGGCGGACGCCUGGAGGACUUUCUGGAAGGUGUCCCUCUGAAGCCUCUCCAAGGGGAGGAACCGGACGCCCUCCUCACUUUGCUUGAUGACCAAAUGAUGUGCACCACCAGCGUCCUGGACACGGUCCCUGUGGAUUCCUCGGACACGGAGUGGAGCGCCGACGUUAAGGACUGGCUGGGCUUUCCCGUGGGAGGAGAGAGCGAAUGGGACACAUUGGUCCCCCAAAGGCCCCAGAGUGUGUUUUCGGCAAACUUCCUGGACGGUUCCGACCUUCACAUGAACUGGGACUCCUGAAUGUAGCUGGAAAUAGUCAGAAAAGCAACUCAAGAUGUAGCCUAUACCUGACGUUUCAGGAUUUAAGCCAAGCACAAAGUCUGUGUCAUUUCUCCUGAUCAUAAUCUCAAAACCGUUUUCACGU